GACUCCCCCAACCGACCGCCAUUUGCCCUAGGACGAGUCCGCUAGCACGGUCCUGUCUCUAGGCUGCUGCUGAUGAGUCCUCAGGCCUUCGCUGAAACGUGAUAAGCAUAAACUGCACAAACCGCAUAAACGCGAUAACUACCAGCCGACACAAACUGAUUCCGACAGCUUAUCAGCCGACACGGCCUCACCUCUACCAAAUCAGCAGCUGCACGCCACCACCACCGUGGCAGAUCACAUUACCCGGUAGAUCACAGAUCUUCCUCCUUCCGUCGGUCAAACAGCGCAGCCAAGCCUCGUUAAGAAUGGCUUAUAACCGUUAUCUCCUCCUCGCGCUCCUAGCGGCCGCGCUAGCUCUCUCGGUCGCACCACAGCUAACCGCUUCAGAACCCAGUUCUUCGGCUCUCAGGUCCAAGUCCUUUGGCGCGACCAGUGGCGACUCCCACGCACCGGCGAGCACUAAUAAUGCGCGGGUGCUCAAAUCCUCCAGCGAGCAUUCCUCCUCGUCCUCUUCGUCUUCCUCGUCCUCCUCCACUUCCUCGUCGUCUAACCACAGCAGCAAGAAGAACAAGAGCAGCGCGAGCAGCGGCGGCAGCAACAGCGGAAGCAACAGCGGCAGCAGCAGUGGGGGUAGCGGGGGCAGCGGGGCGUACAAAGCAAGGAAGCACGGCAGGGGGAGCGCAACGAGCAGCGGCGGAGGCGAGGGAUAUUGCCCCUACGCCGGUCGCCCCGGGAAUUCGCCCCCCAGCAUCUUCUGCGGCGGCGCCUGCUGCAUUGACGCAGAGUACCCCUGCUGUGGAGGGCAGAUCUGCUGCAAGAGGGGCGGCUGCUGCAUCAACAAUGGCAAGCCGCAAUGCUGCUAAGGACGCGCCCGUUUUGAGCCAGCUUGACAAAAGAAUGGCAGGUCAUAAAUGCAAGUUGUGCACGUUGGUUGCCUGUAAUUCCCAUAGUUCACUUAAGGAUGUGAACCAGCAUGCCUUCCCUGCAGCCUCUAAAAAGUUGCUAAAGAAGCAAUAAAAAUCAUCUUUAGUU